UUUCUCCUUUUCUUCCUUUCUUUUCUUUUUAUUUUCACCUUGCUUUCUUUUAAAAUACAACCACACCCAACAAUCAACUCGAUUUUCAAACCAAACCACAAGAAUAACAACAGGAGAAUAGUCUCCUACGAAAAGCUGGCGGAAAUCAUCUCUUCACACCGACCAACAGGCUCUACCAAGCCUGUUGGCGAGUUGCCAAAGCCCACGCGACCGCCAUAGAAUGAAGAACUGUGUGCUCCCUGAUAUUGCAAGACCCGUUGUCUCGAUAUUCCCGCAGGCACCAUACCAUUCCCUAACCCCCCUUAUUUUCUUGGAAUUCAACCCAGAGUUGGCCAUACUGUCGCCAGGAUGGAACGAGUAUUCAGGAUCCUUCGGGCUCCAGGUGUUCGACACGGCGUCGAAUGCGCGGCACCUACCCAGGUAGUCCUGAACACGGAGCCAUGUAACCAGGAGAAGGGUUUCGAUAUCUCCGUGGAGAACAUCAAUACCUACACUGUCACGACCAAGCCUAGGGUUUUGGAUCGUUGGCUCGACAAGGUUGUUGAAGCCUCUGGUUCCGAGUUUGUCUACUUCACGUUCAUCAUCGCCCUCCUUACGUGGGCGUUCUUGGGCAUUCCAUUCGGCCAGUCCAACACUUGGCAGCUCACCAUCUCCGAUUCUCAAGCUAUCAUCAACAUGGUCUUCGACGCCUUCCUCAUGCGACAGCAGCUGAAUUCUCACGAGUCCCUCAUGGUCGUCGCCGCUUGUCUGAGGUCGCGCACUACCAGCCACAAGAGAAUGCUAAACCAACUCAUCAGGAGCGGAAAAUAUAAGAAAGUCAAGUCAACACAAUUCCAAGAGCUACAGCAGACAGAUUUCGAGUCCGAACUCCCUGCCGAGAACUGGCUGGGUCGAAUCUCCACUGCAGUUUCUACGUUUAUGGGUCAUAUUGUCACAGUCUUCGGUUUCUGGGUGUGCAUAUUCAUCUGGAUUGGAUUCGGCAAGUACUGCAAUUGGUCCGACACAUGGCAGCUAUACAUCAACUCGUCUACUUCAGCAUUGAUGGUGUUCAUAUUGGCCUUCUUGGCCAACAUUCGCGAACGACACACCAAGUACAUGACAAGAUGCCUCGAAUCUAUCUGGAAGGUUGACGCUGCUCUCGAGCUCAGACUUCGUACGGUCACCGGAGACAACAUCGAAAAUCCGGCCGUUCUUAUCCCCGCUCACAAGCGAAGCAGAAUUCAGCGUGCAAUCGAUUACUACGCGGAUCUCGUCGGGACUCUUGUUGGGAUCAUGAUUCUAAUCUUUGUCCUCGUCGUUUGGGUAGCGAUCGGUCCAGCACUGCACUUCAAUGCGAACUGGUGGCUUCUCAUUGGUACAUAUGCCGGGUUGGUUGGCUUAAACGAUGGCUUCGUUCUUCGCAAUGUCUGCACUGUACUCGGGGACAACGAGAACGAAGAGUUCGCCCACGUAGAAAACUCCGAUAUGGAUAUGCUUGCCAUCAUUGGCGUGGAGAAGCUCGACGAAGAGCGCGUUGCGGACAACUCUCUUACUUGCCGAAUCUCGAUUUGGGUGGGUAAUAUCUGCUCACAUGAGCAGACCGUCGUCUUGGGGGCAAUCACCAUAUUAGGUCUCAUCAUUGGUGCUAGUGCGAUGAAAUGGAGUGUUACUGGACAGCUCCUCUGCAAUGUCCCUCCUAGCAUCAUCGAGUCAUUUUUUACCAUAAUCCUGAUUGCGGGCCACAACAUCGGGGAGGCGAAGAGACGUGUCGACCUUCAUAACCUCUACUUACGGAGACUGAAACUGGUAUCUUAUGUCGAUACCCUAGCCAAGGUUGAGGCAGUGGAGCAAGUUGAGGAGAAGUAGAGGUCAGUACCUUUGCAUUUAUGCUAUCGUCGCGCAACUGUUCCUCUAUCAGAGGAACGGCUGCCGGAAGAUAGCAGGAGCAGAGUUGGCGGGAGGAGUUGGCAGGAGUAGAGUUGGAGGACAUGUGUACGGCAAUGUUGGGGGUUGCGAUGGGGCUUCCUGUAAACUAAUUAGUCCCGUUGUCAGUAUUAGCCUCUUUGAGCCCUAUGACUGGCUCUAGCGUCAAGAGGGCAAAACCUGUGGCUCUUGAAUCACUUCUGCAGCAGUGAAUGGGUCGGAUUACUCGAGCUGCAUCAAAUAGGUUAUAAUAAAGUUUUACC